AUGCUUGCCCAAAGACGCAGGUGGAUUCAGGAUGGACUCCCUGUUUCUGCUGAGCCAGGACUCACUCAUGACAUCGUUGUAUCCCGCACGUCGGUCCGGCCAAAAGCCUGCAAUCAAGUGACUGGGAGGUGCAAGGGAGGCGCUUCGGAGUCGCUUCCAACAAAUAAGCUCCAAAUGUCCACUCCGAGAGAACGGAAGUUCUCCCAAAAACUCAUGGGACUAGAGGCUUGCAACCUGCCCAUGGGCUACCAAAACGGAAAAGGACUAGGAUGGCGAUCUGUACUUAUAACGCUUGCAUCGGAAGCGGCCAUCGAAGAUCUGAUGAUGCUAGCCAAGAAGAUCAAGUACGACGUCAUCGGACUGACCGAGACGUGA